CGGACACACUGCAACACUGAUUAUCGGUCGGCCGUUACCCAACACCACAUUAUUUUUUGUACGGGCGUAAUUAGAAAGCAGUAAUUAAACUAAACUUCAACAGCAGCAGCGACGUACGCGUACACCAUCAUCAGUAUCAGCAUCCGCAUCGGCAUCAUCCGGAGGAGUAACAAAUAAGAGCGCAACUGUGAUUUUUCCCUCAUACGAAUCAGAAUGGCCAAGACGUACGACUAUCUGUUCAAAUUGCUGCUAAUCGGAGACUCUGGAGUGGGCAAAACCUGCAUAUUGUUUCGGUUCUCCGAGGAUGCGUUCAACACCACCUUUAUAUCCACAAUAGGUAUCGAUUUUAAAAUUAGAACAAUUGAAUUGGAUAACAAGAAAAUCAAACUUCAAAUAUGGGACACUGCCGGCCAGGAGCGAUUCCGCACAAUAACCACGGCAUACUACAGAGGUGCCAUGGGCAUUAUGCUUGUGUAUGACAUCACCCAGGAAAAGUCGUUUGAGAACAUCAAAAACUGGAUCAGAAAUAUCGAAGAAAAUGCCUCCGCCGAUGUCGAAAAAAUGCUGCUGGGCAACAAGUGCGAAUUGCACGAUAAGCGACAGGUUUCAAAGGAGCGUGGCGAGCAAUUGGCCAUCGAGUAUGGCAUCAAAUUCAUGGAGACCUCCGCGAAAGCCAGCAUUAAUGUGGAAGAAGCUUUCCUCACCCUAGCCAGUGAUAUUAAGGCGAAAACGGAAAAGCGAAUGGAGGCAAACAACCCACCAAAGGGCGGACAUCAGCUAAAAACGUUAGACAGUCGGACAAAGGACAGUUGGCUGUCCAGAUGCAGUCUGCUUUGACGUGGCUGCAACAUGUGGCUGACGGCACUGAUACUGAUGCGGAAUGGUGGUAACAAUUACGAUUGCACUGUAUGUGGAGGGAGUUAGUUUUCUUAGCUCCUCUUAGUUCCGAUAAUCCCCACGUGACACCGAAUAACUGAUACAACAAAUGCAUCCAAAAAACAAAAGCCAGCUCCUGCUCUCCUCUCCCCCGAAUAUGCGCGAUAAUGGAAUAGAAACAUUAAUUGCAUUAUGAAACAAGUUAUUAAAUAAAGUAUAUGACGACAGUGUGUGUGUGCGAAAUAUACAUAAAUAUAACUAAACAAACAAACAAAAACAAACAAAAGAGAGAAGAGGUUGAAGAGCAGCCAAUCCAAACCAAUCCAACCCGCCCGCGUUCUCUAAGACGUUUUUUUUGCUUAGUAGUAUUUUAAUGGAACUAUAAUUUUUCGAUUGUAAAUUAUUAAUUGUAAUGCAAGUAUAUACGUAUGCAUGUAUGUGUGUAUGUGAAUGUAUGGAUAUAAUUUAGGUUUCUUGUCCCUUGCCUGCUCAUCCAAUUGUUUGUUUUAUAAUUUAU